CUGGUUUGGAUAGAGCUUGGAGUCCGGUCAAAGUGAAGAAGAGGAUGAGACGGGGAUGUGAUGUUUUAAGAAUUUGUCUGGACAGUUUCUCUUGAAAUCGGAGCUGUGGAGGACUGUGAACCUCGUGCUCCACGGGGAGACUGGUCAGGUUUUUUACCAUGAACAGAUGAAGCAGCGGAGCUUGACCAGAGGUUGGUUGGUGGAGCGUGACAUCCUCGCCUUCCCUGACACAGAGGGAGCGGGUGAUGGAGUCUGUAGGAGAGAGACGAGGCUGCUUUGUGAUGUGUUUGUUGCGUCCCCUGUAUAUUUUUUGGACAACACCCACUCUACACAUCUGGCACUAAGAAGUCCUGAACAUGACACCUGACUCUCUCUCUGUCCUCAUGGCUCCCUUUGACCGUGCAGGACAAGGCACGGCUGGUGAAACUGUCUGAGUCCAUCCACAGCUGUGGCAUCUUGCACUGAGACUUUAAACCUAGCAAAGAGGCUUCUCUGGCCACAGGGGGGAGGUGCUGUGCCAGCUGAUGUCCAGGACCUCAUCACCUUUCUCCUGAAGAAGAACAGUGAGAAGCACCUGGGUACAGGUUCUUUCCUGCGUGACCAGUGAAACCAGUCUGCCCCUGUCUGAUCCAGUGCAGCAACUGACUGGGUAAUGCCUUGCUCGAUGCAGAGACCCUGAACGCAUCACUCUGAAAGCUCUUCUUGUUAAUUUUCCACACCACCACCACCACUGUGUUUCAAACCUGUGACUCUUCUCAGUGUUCGGAGCUAUGAGGGAACUGAAUAAGGCUCAACCAAACAGCUGCUGAUAGUUGGAUAUUUAAAACCAGAGAAAUAAUGAGAUUUAAUUAGAAACACAACAGGUGUUCUAUCUGCAUCAGAGCUGACAGCAUCAAACCAACAUUCAGUGAUGAAAUAUGCAGCUGAUCUUUAUUUAUCAGUUUUAAUAAUAUCUACAGGUUAUUCUGAUUGUCCCCUCAGAGACAGAAAAACUGUGGCAAAAGUAACAUGAAUGUUCCUAAAACAAUAGCAACAUUUAGACUGCUCUCUUUUCUUGGCUUUAUCUCGUGGAUCAUGUUCACCCUAAAGGUUCCCAGCUUUGGUCUAAGUUACACAAAAAACACCUUUUUGUCUCGGCUUCCCCUGCGGGCCUCACCUCCAUCUCCACAGUGCGAGCUUGUCUGAAGUUUCUGUUUGGAUUUUGGGAGCGCCAUACUUCAUAAUCUGAGCUCCCAUGUUUGUGUUUUUAUCUACAACCUGAAAGCCUAUUGUUUACAGUGUCACACAGUGAGGAUCAUGUGAAUUUUCACACACUACAGCACAUGAUGUUGUUAAGAUUAAAGUACCAACUGGAAUGCAGUGCUAUAUAGUCCCAUAAUGUCUGCUCUUAAUACAGAAACUCAUCGCUACAUCAGCUCAUUCAGGCUGUGAUGAUCCUAAAGUUGUAUUUUACUCCAGUUUGGAGUACUAUUCAGUAAAUUCACCUUUAAUUGGAUUAGAAUAAAGAUCCUGGAACAGGUAAAUCUUCUCUGAUUCCCUGUUCAAACUGUGAAUUCGUAUUUCAGGUAGGCUAAAACAAAAUGUAACAGCCAAUACUCCUGACAGUAGGAAAGAAGAGACAGCAUCACCAUCCGAGUUAUAUCCAGCAUAUUCAGCAACUUCACUGUUGAUGCAAUUUAGGAAUAAAACUUUAAUGAUGAACUCUCGGGGAAGCUAACAGCCAGCAUCUCCUGAGCUCAGACAACUGCAGUUUCCUCCUUUAGUUUGGUCCAUAUGAAAAUGAUGCAAUUCGCCAAAUAACAGCACACAGACCCCCAAAAGACCCAAAACGCAUAGGCAAUAAAGAGAGAGAUGCAGUUCGAACACAAAGAGGCCAAACAGAAUAAAAAUGGUUUGAACUCAGCAGUUUUUAUCUAUUUGUCUGUAACUUGCAGAGUUCAGACACGUCCCUACUAAAGUUGCAGAAAGCAGAAUACGAUUAAUUCUGAGUAGAAGCUGCUGAACCGAAAUAAACCAAUUUUAAAAAUUGAGCAACAUAAGAGGCGACAGAUUAUUCAGGAUUUUUUUUCUGCUACUUUACAGUUUUUGUUCUUGACACAUACAGUCGACUAACGCAUUAAAACGACGACUCACACAGGGAACUGAGGAAAUGACUCAGCAGCUUUGAGUGAUUAUCUUGCAAAUCCUCCUGAAAAAUGAAUUAACAUUGUUAUCAUUAACAUGAGUCAGUCACCCAUCAGAACCAGAAUCAGUUUGACCCGCAGACAGAUGACCGUGUUAGCAGCGGUGAGAAAAAAAAUCCUUUAACAAGUUCAAAAAAAGCUGCACUAAUCAAUAUUUUUACAUUAAAAAUGAAUCAAAUGAUUACAUUUAAUAUGAAAGAGGUCACUCAUAGAGAAUAUCACCCAACUCUGCAGUUCCUCCACAGCUCUACAAAGCACUAUACUGUCUUUCAGUUCAUUGUUUUAGUUUUACAACCUGAAACUUUCGAACACGUCCACACUCAUAUGUUUUCAUUUUAAAACUAAAACUAUUUCUGUCUGUAUCACGUGACCAUUCACAUGCACUUGGCAUGCUCGUGCCGUUGUGAACAGGAAACAGAUUAUCUAAUCUAAGGUUGGUUACAGAAAAAACUACCAACGAGGAACAGAAAACAGAAGUUGUAGCGUUAAAAUGCAGAAAUUAACUGCACAAAGGCUGCUAGCAGAGACAACAAGGUCACUAACGCUUACUUUACGCUACAACAAAAAUAAAAUCAGCAAAAAGCAUCUGUACAUGACCUGCCCAGCACCAAACAGCUGUUCAUGUGUGAGUGCUGGAUAGGCAACUGUUAGCUAACACCUUCAGAAUAUAAAUAACUUGAUAAGGUGAUAAUAUGUCUGUGUUGUGUUUAUAGUUUGUUGCGUUUCCAAAUAGUCAAAUGAAUACUAUUCUCUAUUUCUCUGUACUCUAUUUAAAAUCACUAUAAUAUGGCUUCAUAUAGUCAACAACAAAUACAGUGCCCAUAUUUUCACAUUGAAAAGUGACAGCUGUAUUUUGUAACACUACAGUUGGAGAAUAAUUUGUGUUUACAGCAGGAAAGUGGGGAGUUAAAGUUGAAACAGCUUCAGUAUAAGGCUGUGGUAUUGUUAGUCUACUAUUGAUUUCCCAUAACAGAGAUACACUCUACUCUGCUUUCACCUCCUUAAUUAGACUCCAUCAGUUGACUAAUUAUUUUUCAUAUUGUUACUUUAUCUAACUCCCACUGUUGGUGUCUUUUGUUCUGACAUUUCCUCUUUACAUUCGCUAAGUCUCUGUCACCAUAUGCACAGGCUCCACUGUGACCCUUUUAAAUUAAUCCCAUGGAUUGAGCUCAAAUGACCCAGAUUGAGUUUGUGUGAUGCCAGCAGCUUUGUGCACACAAACAGUUAGGAGAACGACUCCGUCUGAAUCCAGAUGUAUCAGAUGUAGUCUCUCAGAAAAAAAAUCAAUCUUCAAAUAUUGUCAUCUACAUUUCAACCGCUUUCAAGUCAGUGUUUUUAUGUAGCCCAACAUCUGAAAUCACAAAGCGUUCGUCUUUUACCAUUUAAAUGAUAAUUCAACAGCGUUUACGGUUUAAACAUCAACUUACAUUUCAACUGCUUUCAGCACUUUCACUUCUUUUUUUUUUUUUUUUGUUAAUCGCUGCUAUUUGAAAUAACUUAACAGCAAAAUUUCUGCAGCAAGUACAUGGGAAUUUUCUUCUGAAAAUGUUGCAAAUAGAGUUGAAACUUAGUCAAUUAACAGAAAAAAAACAACAAUUUUAAUCACCACUUCAACUGCUUAUAUAUUUUACACUUAAACUGACAUUUAACCACUUUAAUUUCUCACACUUUAAGUAACAGUUCAGCUACUUUCGGUGGUGACACAUCCACUAACAUUUCAGCUGUGUUCAGUACUUUGGUUUUCAUCCUCUUCAGCGCUGCAGUUACAAUGGAAAUUCACCUUCUUUCAGCUCUGUCAUUUCAACACACAAAAAUAAUGAUAUUUUAUUUCCUCUUCUGAGAAUCACAUCUUGAGUUUUUAGAGCUGAAACGGUUGAUUUCUAGUAGACAGAAGAUUUUUCUUUAAUUAUUUUAACCAACAAUUGUUUUCAUAUCUUACACUUCAACUGCUUUCAUCUUUCACUCUUUAAAUAACAAUGUAUCUGCUUUCAGGCUUAAAGUUGAACUGAAUCAUCUUCGUGUUAGUAGUAGCAGUAUUCAGAAUAGUAUGAUUAAUACUUUUUCUUUCUUCCUCUGUGUAAAAAACAGUUUGAGUUUCAGAUCCUACUUCAGUUGACAUUUGAAACCCUUUCAUUUCUCUUUCCUCUUAAAAUAACAUUUCAACUCCGUUCAGUGCUUCCAGUUCAACUGAUCGUUACUAGUGUCAGUACUAGGAUUCAUUCAAAUGAAAAUAUUUCCAGCUUCUUAAUUUUGAUCAUUUGUUGCUUUUGUCUUGUGUGAUUAUUUAUUAAAUAUUUUUUGCGUUCUACAAAAUUGUGAUGUUCAGCUUUGCAAUUUUCUGAAGAUUUAAAUACCAAAGGAAAAGCUGAGUGAGAUCACUGGUUGGUUUUCAGUCCUCGUGUUUCCUGCUGCUGUAACAGCAUUAUCAGAUGAAUGGCAACGGUUUCAUUGCCUGCGUGGGACACGCUGUGGAGGGGAAGUACUACAGUACCCAGCAGCAGGGUGGAGGAUCCGUGAUGUAACGAGUAACGUCGACUGGAGGACUGGGUAAAUCCUCCGGAGCCGCUCGGGGUCUAAAAUAGAAACGGAGGCAGCGCCGCCCUCUGCAGCCGAAGCAGCUCCACGUCAGGCAGCGGCUCGCUCAGGAAAUUUAAACACAGCCGGCCACGACGCGGACACACACGGGCAUCUCUCUGCUCCAAGGUCACCGAGCCCGGCAGCCUGCACCGGACACACACACACACGCACACACACCUUCAUCCCGCAAAGUGAGUAGUUUGCGUUGAGCUGGGCCAGUGAUGCCGCCCCCAGGCACAGGUGCCCCCACUGUGCCCCCACCGGACGGCGGUUGGGGUUGGGCUGUGGUGUUGGCAUCUUUCAUCUCCAUAGGAUUCUCGUACGCCUUCCCCAAGGCCAUCACGGUUUUCUUCAAAGACAUCCAGAUCAUCUUCGAUGCCUCUUACAGUCAGAUCGCAUGGAUCUCCUCCAUCAUGCUCGCGGUCAUGUAUGCUGCAGGUCCCAUCAGCAGCAUACUCGUCAACAAGUACGGCUGCAGGCCCAUCGUCAUGAUGGGGGGCUGCCUGUGUUCCACUGGCAUGAUCUUAGCUUCCUUCUGCGUCAGCGUGGUGCAGCUUUAUAUCUGCAUAGGAGUUAUCGGUGGACUUGGACUAGCCUUCAACCUGCAGCCAGCGCUGACUAUGAUAGGCAGGUACUUCUUAAAGAAACGUCCCAUUGCUAAUGGGCUGGCAAUGGCUGGGAGUCCAGUGUUCCUCAGCACCCUGGCUCCUCUCAACCAAUACCUCUUCAACCAGUUUGGCUGGAGAGGCAGUUUCCUCAUCCUUGGAGGUUUGCUGUUGAACUGCUGUGUGGCUGGUUCCCUCAUGAGGCCUCUGGAACCUCCACCCAGCAAGGUCAAGAAGGAUGAAGAGUUGGCUGCCGUCGCCACUACAACGAAAGAGAAACGCACUGCCUGGGAAACAGUCAACAAGUACCUAGACUUGACGCUCUUCAAACAUCGUGGCUUCCUCAUCUACCUAUCAGGCAAUGUCAUCAUGUUCCUGGGCUUCUUUGCACCUAUUGUAUUCCUUGCAGCCUACGCCAAGGACAUGGGUGUGGAUGAGUACUCUGCUGCUUUCCUGCUCUCAAUCCUGGCUUUUGUCGACAUGUUUGCCAGGCCGUCCAUGGGACUACUGGCCAACUCGCGCUGGAUUCGGCCCAAGAUCCAGUACUUCUUCAGCUUUGCUGUGUUGUACAAUGGGGUGUGCCACAUCCUCUGCCCGCUGGUGGAAAGUUACACCGGUUUGGUGGUGUAUGCGAUCUUCUUCGGCUUUGCCUUUGGCAUGGUAAGCUCAGUGUUGUUUGAAACACUGAUGGACCUCGUUGGGCCUCAGAGGUUCUCCAGUGCUGUGGGACUCACCACCAUUGUGGAGUGCUGCCCGGUGCUCUUUGGUCCACCACUAGCAGGGAAACUGGUCGAUGUCACAAAAAAUUACAAGUACAUGUAUUUUUGCUGUGGAGCUAUUGUGAUUGUAGCAAGUAUUUGGCUCUUCAUUGGAAACUUCAUUAACUACAGACUCUUGGAGCGUGAGCGCAAACACGCUGAAAUGUACAAACGGACUGAGACAGAAGAUCCAGACCAAGUUCAGGAUCAGAAGGGGUCUGAUGGGGAAGCCCAGGCCUCUGAGGAGCUGGUAAACAGGAAAAAUGAGGAACCUAUGCAGCGGGAAACCAACAUCUAGAUCCCUCUGUUCUGCCAACAGCUCACCUUCACCUCCAGAGCAAACCUUGCAACACUUUCAACCAUGAUCAAACUGAGCUCCCAGCCAAGAGGUGCCUCUGGGUGUUCAACCAGGCUCAACCUGGGGUCCUCUGCACUUCUGUAAAACUAACUGCCAAAGCAACACUUGUGUUGUAGCUGUGAGGAGUAAUAUCUGUUUGUCAAAGAGCAUCCGCUGUGACUAUAAAGGAAAUAUUAACCUGAGAGAAAAGUGUAAGAUACUGUAUGCAUGUGAAGAGGCUAAAAGUCAGAAAAUGUUUAUGGAAAACAGUGUCGUACUAACUAACAUUUUCUUUCUUGCCACGUUCACCUCAUAUCGGAUUUACUGUCAAUACAAGACUGCAACUGAGGGACUAAUACCUUCACGACUGAUACCUAGUUGUAGUUAGAGACAGGAUAUGGGAUUAUCGUUUCUCUAGGAACUCCAAAAUUGUGUCAACUAAGAGCAAACAAAGUAGCAAAUCCAUAGAUGUUGGCAAAUAAUUAGGAAAUCGGUCACUCUAAGACAAUCAACUCUGCUUAAGAAAAGUAUUAUCUGUGUUUAGUCAUUUCUGUCCCAACAAGUUAAAAUAUUCCAAGUAGCAACAAGCGUCAUUCUGUCUUUCCUCCGGUGUCUUCCGAUAUGACGUGAAUGCAGCAUCAGCGUGUUGCCAAUGUUCCAACAGCACCAGCAAACUGAGUUCACAGGUUCAAAAUGAGAUCUCUCCACAACACACGGAAGUCUUGGUAAAGAAAAAUGGUUCAAUUAAGAAGAGGACACAGUGAAAGAUUUCUUGAUGGUAAGAAAGACCUUUCUGUGACUGAAAGGUCACUGGGUAAGAGCCAGUUUUGUACAGCAUCGGUGCGUUCACACCACAAGCAACAUGGUUUACGUGUUGCAUUUUUGAUGAGUUGACAGAGUGUGGCAAGUUAGAGGCUCUGAAUGUACCAACUGUACACUCAGAUCAGAGCUAAUGCUAGCUAUUGCUAAUUCGUUAGCAUAGAAAAUGAACAGAUACAGAGAUUCAGAGAUUAAGCAUCAAACUUUAAGAUGUCUCGUAGUCAAAGACCACAACUUUAAAGCUUUCAGUGGUUGGUCAUCUGCUCCUAUUUUAGUCUAAUGUUCCUGAAAUCACAUCGAUAGGAAACAGUGGAGGAGCUUGUGAUCUGGCUUCGAUGCUGGCAGCUGUUGAGAAACUUUAGUUGAGUUUCCCUGGUUGCUCAGCUCUGUAGGAAGCAAAAAACUUCUUAUGACUUGUUUCAUGUGUUGCUUGCGCUGUGAAUACAGCGUUAGCAAUGUCAGUGCACUGGAAAUGGUUGAUCCAUGCGGCGAUACGUGUGGAGCAAGAAUGCAAAAUCCUAAUUGCAGUGUUUCAUAUGGCAGUCAAGUGUGCUAAUAUUCCCACUUCCAUAAAUAAAAAACAGAUGUGUUCACAGCUGGUGACGCUGGUGCCCACGUAUUAUGCUGCCCGCCUGAGCACUGUAACAUUGUGUAGUAAAAAGCUGCACCAAUGUACCACUUUAAUACUUUCUAUCAAGUCAUUAAAUGGAAGUUGUCACAUGCUCCAUAUUGCACUCAUAUACAGUAUGCUGCAUUAAAAGAGAAAUGGCCAUACUUCUCCCCAAACAUCUUUGUAAAACUGCUGCAAUUCAAUACAUUUAAUUAUGGUUGAAUGUAAUUUCCUCUGUGGGCCUUAAUAAGGUAUUAAUGACCAAAAGCCAUCUGCAUAAUAGUGGUUUUACUACACAAACAGCCCCGUGAGCAACAUACUCUCUCAUAUUUAAAUGCAGAUAUACAGGGAAAUGUAUUUCUUGUGGUGAGUUUAACAGUCCCUUCUAUUAUACAUUGCCUUAAAUGUGAUGUAAUGUGGCGACAGUUGUACAGUGAAUACUUGAUAGUAUUAUAUGAAGCUGAUACACCUUUGUGUUAAAUGUGACCCACUUCUUUUGCUGUUAACUUAACAAGAAAUCAAUGUAAUCUGCUCCAUUUGUCUCCUAACAUGUACUGAAACAUUAAAACAAUGGGAUGCUGUUGUUCUAUGUACUCUCUCCAUUAACUAACAUCUGAAGGAAUAGUACUGAUACUAAUGAAUGCUAAUCAAGUCCACUUGUAUUGUCGUAUUGUGUGCAUUUACAUGUAAUGGGUGAACAUAUCAUAUAACAGUUUAACUGUCUGUCACUAUAAAUGUCAAUAUCGUUCAAUAUUCUGUCCAUUCCACGUUAAUUUUUGUAUAUGUCACCCUACUAUAACCUGAAGCUAAGCGCUGACCAAAUGGUGUCCUGUCUCAGAUGCAACAAAGCCUGACACAUUUUAAUAACAAAUGCUGUUUUGUUUUGUUUUCUUCAAACCAAUCAUGAAUGAAAAGAAAAUGUUGUCUAUUUUUCAUCCUGCAUUCAAUGGUUGAAUGUGUAUUCAGACUCAUGAAAAUAGAUUUCCAGCUGUGCAGCAGUGGCUCUCAACAAUGUACCAUCUUUACCCAAGACACCAAGUCACAGAGGAAAUGCUGUAAAUGAGAUCAAUCAGAUUUAUCCUCUGAGGGUAUCGGUGGACCACUAUUGAGAGCAACUGCUCUGCUAUUUACUGUUAAUGAGAUCACUUUGAAAGAUUUUCACAGUAUUGUGUUCUUAAUUUUCUGAAACACUUGAUCUGAGCUUGCUUUUGGACCUGGACUAGGUCUCAAAUAUAUUUCCAUAUGGAGAUGAGCCAGUCUGUUUUGAAGCAGCCCCAACAACAUAUAAACAAACCCAGGUUGUCAUUACUUUAUUAGGCCUUAUUUGUUGAGGAUACCGCUCAUUAGACACUGACUUAAUCUGUUCAUGUAGCUACGUAAGCUCCCAAGAUGCACUUUGGUCACCAGCAUUUCAUGCUGAUAUUAGUAUUUUCAUGUAUUACCAUGUCUGUACCUUCCUAAUGAAUAGCAUUAAUACCUUAUGAAUGUUGACUUAUCCUGCUUGCACUUAAUUAGUGGAAAGAGGGACUACUUUAAUUCACUAUGCUCACUGUGCAUGAUGACUCUCAGUGAGGGAAACAGACUGCUGUACAAUCACUUUCUACCAAAUAACGCUGCCCCCUGCUGGUGUAAAAGCCACCUAGACCAAAAGGUAAAGCCAAGCUUACCUUUCAAUACACUAGUUUUCAUAGAUUAUUUUUUGUCAAGCCCAUAUAAGGUUUCAGUUUCAUGGGUAAUGUAAAUGCAUCUGUGCUUUAUUUUUUAUUUUAUUUUAUUUUAUUUUUUUGGUGGGGGUAUUGUCAGUAUGAAUAUACUUUCUUGGUAUUUAUAUGUUAAAGUACACAAGUAUAACAAACCACAACCCUGUAAUGCUUUGAUGGAACUAAGGGGAAUAUCACUGAAUUUGAGCAUUUGUUUUUCAAGCCAUGCAGUUUUGUUUUUCUCUAUAAUCAGUAAUAAGAACAGAGUAAAAAGAGUGGGUUAUUCCUUUUGCAGAUAAGAGUAGAAAUAACAGCAGUGGUCCAGGGAGCAUAUAGUCCAACAUCUGCAAUGGUUCAAAGCAGCGGUUCCCAACCUGGGUGUCAGAACCCCAAAACGGGUGGCUGGAUAAACCUAAGGGGUCAUGAGAUAAUUAACACAAUGGGAGAGAAUCACGAACAGGCUGUUUUUUUCUGUAAUUGCUAUUUUCUUUUGAAAUACUGGAUAGUUUAUCUCCUGAGGCCUCUAAAAAAAUAUUUGCAUUUCAGAAUCUGUAUACCAUAUAAAAUUUGUGGGUCAUAAGUAAAUUUGUUUUAUUUUGAAGGGACAUAAAUCAAAAGUUUGGGAACUGCUACUUUAGAGGUCCCCAACAUCCCCCAUGUCAUUUGUUGUGUCUAUAUGGGACAUCACAUGACAUACACUAAAUUUUGUGGUAUUCUCCUUAUUAUACAUCGUACUGUAAAACCAUGAAGUGUUUGUCCAAAUCUAAGCAAUACAUUUGUAUGUAUUUUGGUACAAAAUGUUUAUUGUAAGAAGAAAAGGAAAUGUGUUAUAAUAAUUGAAUCCAAAUAGAGAUAAUUAAGAAUGGAUUUAACAUGCACCAAUAGCCUUAUUAAUUCUAUUGCUUAGGAUCGCAUAUAUUUUGUGUUUCUUCUCUUUUUAUAGAGAUAACUGUAUUCAGAAAGUUUUUGAUUUUGAUGAUGGCUUAAGACCAAAUUUAGCGGAGAGGUUAAAAUUAAUUAAUUUAUUUACUAUUAAUGUUUCUGUGAACACACAUAACUUUUAUUUAAAAAGGAAAUGUAUGUUCACUGGCUGAAAAUUGUUAUAUUAAUUGAUAUAUAGCUUGACUGUUUUUUUGUUGUUGUUUGUUUAUUUUAUGAUGUGUGAAACCGAUACACAGAACGUUAAAGGAUUUAAAGUUUGUAAGGGCCUGAAAGAGAUUGUAAGAGAUGUUCAUUUUGGAUACAUGCUAAAUGUUAAGUGAAAACGUGGCAUAGUGCCACCAUUUCUGUUUUUCAGGGUUGUCUUGAAAAGCACUUAGCAGCUAACACUCUCAGCGUCUGACUGAGUUUAGCUGAUAGAAAUGACAGAUUGGAGUUUCAAACAUUCAUACAGUUUCAGUCAUGAAGGAGACAUCGUGAUUGGUUGAGUUUAUCAUUGAAGAAAAAAGCUAAGAAAACACAGUUCUUGUAAACUCAAUGGAAAAAAGUGAUGUGUCUUAGAGACAUUAAUUUAAAUUAUGCUCUGAUUUUCAGCUUGUUUGAAUUAUGUGUUGUUUUUAAAAUCUCUCCCCGCUGAGUCAGUGCGAUAAUUUCUGCCUGUAAAGUGUUUGAACUCAAGUUAAGUAGAACGAAAUUCCAGUCUGCAGGAUGAAAUCCUCCAGCAUAUACGAGACUUUCAUUUCUUCUCGUCCAUGUGGUGAGAAGAUCAGUGUUGGUGUUGACUGUAUACAAGGUGUUUUGCUACUGGAAGGCUGUAGGACUGUCAAUAACACCUCUGGCUGUUAAGCUAACUGUGCCUUACUGUGCUACACUGACCAUUAUAAAAAGCUCUUUGAGAACACAGGAAACUUGAUAUUGUGUUGCUCCAACAUAUAAGCUCAUUAGUUUGUCCUUGCUCCUACUCAUCUGUAUGUUUACAAAUCACUGCACUCUCUCAUUUUAUGUAAAUAAUCAUUGUGUAGCUACCAAUCCAGAAUCCACUUGUGUCUGCGUCUUCACACAUUAACACAUAAGAACAAAUAAGCUGCAAGAAUGUGUAACACCAUAUGUAGUCUAAUUAUUACUAAAUUGUUAUGUCUAUGGUGCAUUUACUGUAUAUUGUGUUCAUCGGACUUUGUACACAUAGUUAAGGAUGCAAAUAUUUCUGUGUGAACACAUUUGAGGAUGGUCGUGUUCACAUGUUUGGACCUCUUUACUGUAGUUUGUCUCAGAAGUGAACUCAGUCCAUUAUGUCCUUCCAGUAGCAGACGUACUGUGUGCUUUCUCAUCAGGGCAACUCUACUGUAUGGCAUUAAAGCAAUUUUUCAGAUUGUGUCAGUCUUUCCACUACCUCUGCAGCCGUCAUGUCAGAACGAGGAAAAGUACCACACGGGUAUAGAAAACUGAUAUGUUUUUUUUUGUAAUUGUAAUAUGAAAAUAUCGCCUAUCACAGUAGCAAAUAAAUAAAGUAUAUAUCCAAACAA